UACGCGAUGGCCGCUCGCUCCACAAUAUAGGGAUUUUAGAGCGAAAACAAUGGCUUCUCCGGUCGGAAAUGCGUUUUGUUGUUUGGACUAAGUACCGGAAUGAUAGCGGAAUCGUUUUAGCUCGUCGGUUUUGCUUUCGCGCCCGAUCGGAGACGUCUCUUUUCUGUUCGGGUCUCAGUGUUUUUCUUGUUCGUCUCCCGGGCCUGGAUGUAGCUGCCUACUCUGUAGCGGCGGGCUGCUACUUUCGGAUGAGCGGGCAGUAGCGCCCGAAGAGGUGGGGUCUGAAUUUAGGCGGACUGGAGUUCAAAACAAGUCAACAGAGCUUGUAAAACCGGUGCAUGACUGGAUUUCCACAGAUUACAUGUUACAGUUGAGGGCGGAGGAGGGGCAACACGAGCAGAGUUUGCCUCCUAACUUGGUGUUCUUGCUAGUUAGCAUUAGCCAACGGCGGCGUUAACUUGCUAAAGCGAGAAGGCGCAAGUAAUUUAACAUUGCGGAACGUUAUCUCACGCGGAAGCUGCCGAUUAUGUUGCUCGCGCGGAAAAGUUGGUCCCCCGAUUUAUUGCGCGUUUAACGUCAACUCCGCUCCGACGUCGGAAAUCAUAGUUUCUUUGCAAUUUGUUGGUGCAGCUAGCGUGUUGCUAACUGAACUAACUGGUCAGUGACGUAACGCGGGUCAUUGUUUUGACAGCACGCAGCAUCUUAGUCCCGAUUAUUAACCCUCCUGGUGUGUGUUUUUUUUGCGUGCUGCGUCUAGAAUAUCGCUGUUAGCAGAUAGUGGUCAGAAAAAGUUGGUGUUCUGCUAACUGAUGUGACGCAGCUGCUCGUUCUGUGACAGUGAACCUGCUGCCAACGGACACACAUACUUUAGCUGUAAUUACUGCAGCAUUUCUCAUCAGCGCGUCUCGCUCUUGUCGUGAUCUCAACCCCCACUCCCCUAAAACAGUAGCUGCUGCAUUGUGUGAACUCAUGGCUGUCCUCUGACACUCAGCUGUAGGAUGGAUCCAGACGGUGGGGCAGAUUCACAAAAAGCUGUCAGUCUGCAGUGGGAGAGCUACAAACUCGUCCAGGACCCAGCCACGCGACGGGUUGCACAGAAGAUCUACAGAUACGAUGGAGUGCAUUUCAGUGUGCCAGACUCUGGAUUUCCUCCCGUGGGUGAAUUGCGGGACCCUAGACCCCGGAGACUGUGGUCCAGGUAUGCAGAACUGUCCCUGCCAGUGCCGAAGUUGAAGCUUGAUGAGUUCUAUGUGGGUCCCAUACCCUUAAAGGAGGUGACCUUUGCCAGACUCAAUGACAAUAUCAAGGAGCCUUUCUUGGCAGAGAUGUGUGCCAAGUUUGGUGAGGUGGAGGAGAUGGAGAUCCUGUUUCACCCCAAGACCAGGAAGCACUUGGGCCUGGCCAGGGUGUUGUUUACCAGCACCAGAGGAGCCAAGGACACAGUCAAGCAACUGCACAACACUUCUGUCAUGGGAAACAUCAUUCAUGCACAGCUGGAUAUAAAAGGCCAGCAGAGGCACAAGUAUUACGACCUGAUGGUAAACGGGUCCUACACUCCUCAGACUGUGCCCCUGGGAGGCAAGGCUUUGACAGAGAGGCUCCAGCCUCAGGCCCCAACACAGCCACAGCCACAACCACAGCCUGACACGUCAACAGAAAUCAGACGGAGGCUCUCCAGUGAUCUUGCGGUUUUGGCUGCAGGGGUACAGGCCCUCACAUCUGGAAGCGCCACCCCUUGCUCUGGGGAUACUGGUUUCAGUGAUCAGCGUCUGGACACGCCCCCCUCCUCCAUCGCAGGCCCCUUCACACCAGGCUCCUCUGCUUCCUCUCAGGGAGGAACGCCUUACAGCUCCAGAUCUGGGACUCCUUUCUCACAAGACUCGGGCUUCACUGGCACCAGGAAUACUGGCUACAACACUGGCACUUUGGGCAGCGGCUACCCUCCCCAGGAUAUGCUACCUUCCUCCUCCUCGUCCUCUGCAGUCUCUUCUACUGUCGGAGGAUACAAAGUGUCUCGCUACUCGGAGGAUGCACAGGAACCUUCAGUGUAUCACCGAGGUCGCCCCAUGUACCCCCCGAAUACAUCGUUCCGUCCCAACGAGCCGCCCUGCUACCCCCCAUACCCUAAUGUUGGAGGGCCCGGGCCACACAUAGCGCACCACUCCACGAUGCCUCCGCCACCUCUUGCCGCCCAAUUUGACCCGCCCCCAAUGUCAGACAGGGACCGCAACCGCGACAGAGACUCAGGGGGGCGCUACGGGGCGGCAGGGAUCAGCUCCAGAAGGUCAUCGUACCACCACCAGCAAGACACAAACUCUUCCACAAAGUACCAUUCCCACCACUCGCAUCACCACUCGGAUCGCAGGGAGGACAGGGGGUACCGGCGAGACAGCCUGGGCGCCCGAUCAGGUGACCACGGCCACCAGAGACACCGCAACCAUCACCAUUCUCACAACCACCAUGGCGGCAGCAGCAGCAGCCGCAGGAGGAGCAGCCAUGACCCUGACAGAGAUCGAGACAGAGACCGAGAUAGGGACAGAGACAGUGACUACUCCAACAGCUCUGACCCCAGAUACAAUUCCAAUUCCUACCGCUCUUCCUCGAACAGCAUGUCUCCUCCCCCCUCAUCUUACUCCGCCUUUUCCUCCUCCAAAGAGCCUGCCCCAGCCCCCCCUCAGGGAUUAGAUGCUUCCGCUCGUCUAGGGGGCACAAGUCUCGCAGAGAGGGGUUCUCUGCCUCCGGUAGGUGCUGACAAAGACUACCACGCUGGUCACCACAGCGCCCUGCCUCCACCUCCCCCACCGCCUCCCCCACUACCGCCAGCUUCAGUCAUCGCAGCGGCUGUAGCUGAGACACUUGGAACACUGGACUUCAACCAGGAUAGUCCGGCCCGCGAAGAGCAGUGGACGAAGCCCAAGCGUCGUCCCAGCACCCCGCCCGUGCCGCCGAAGACACCCCCGCCUUCCUCCCCGCCCCUCCCUUCCAUUGCUUCUUCCUCUACUUCCCCUUCCUCUACCUCCCUCCCCCACCAUCUUCCCUCCUCCUCCAGCUCCCCGCCACCCCCUCAGCGUGACUCUUCUUCCCCAGAGCCGGACUCCACCAAUGAGAGUUUACCGUUCGUCUACCACAGCAGCAGCCUCGACUCUCGUAUUGAGAUGCUCCUAAAGGAACAAAAGGCUAAGUUCUCUUUCCUGGCUUCUGAUGAGGAAGACGAGGAAGAUAGGAAGGAGGAGAAGCAGAGGGGCGUACGUGGGGAAGGAGGAGAGCGAAGAGGCGGGUCAGGUGACACAACAGGGGAGCACACAAGUGGUACUCAGGUGGGAGACAAUGGGGAGAAGGACUACAGAAGGAAAGGGGACAGAGACAAAGAUGGGCACAGAGGAAGGAAACGGGGGAAGGGGGGAGAUGGAAGGAAGAGUCCCACUGUACUUACAGCGACUAUACCAUCCUCUUCCUCCUACUCUUCCCACAAUAUUUCUCCAGAGGAACCCCAGCCCCAGGUUGUUGCUGGGACUGGAGCUUUGCUGGAAGAAUCUUCACAAGCUGGAUCUGCUGACGCACAGAGCAGGACAGGAGCACACACACCGCCGUACAAUGGACAGAGUCAGUCCUCCCCUCACUCCUCAGGGGAAGACAUGGAGAUCUCAGAUGAGGAGGAGGAGGAGACUACCAUAACAACGGUGACCAUCCACCAGCCCUCUGUCACCUCCGGUUCCUCACCCUCUUCAUCCCAGGUGGCCAUGCCUUCACAAACAACGGACCCCUCAUCUUCGCCCCCACCCAUCUCUGAUUCUGCACAGCACUUUGGCACAUCCAUGCACCCUCCCAUACCUUCCUACCCUCCUCAUUUGCCUCUUCCCCCUGGUUACUCCCUCCAGCCCCUGCCUCCCCCUGGAAUCCCUCCCUUGCCCCACAUGGAGCUCCACCCUGAGUAUCCUCCCAUGCCCCACCACAUGUAUGACUAUGCCACAUCCAUGGAGCUGAUGAACCAGUACAGCGGUGGAGCUCCUAUGUCUUUCCAAAUGCAGACCCACAUGCUAAGUCGCCUCCACCAGCUGCGCUUGUCGUCAGCCAGCGACAGCCCAGGUCCUGGAGAGGCAGCCACCGCAGACUAUACCUCCUACCAUCUCCACACAAUGCCCCCACCUCACACACACCACCCCUACAUGGACCAAGAGGGGAGCGGGGCGGGUGCGCCCUAUGACCAGGACCACUGCUACAUGCCCCACCACAUGUCCUACGCCUACCCUGACCCCCACAGCACUCAGAUACCACCCCCUCCACACCAUGGCAUCCCGCCUCCUCACACUGGCUGGCCGCCACAUGUCAUACAGCAACAUUACCCCUCUUACAUGCCCCCUCCUGGCUAUGGCACCAUGCUGCCCGGGGAGGGAGACGAGUACAGUGCUCCAGGGGAGGAAAUGCCCAUGUUGGCGGAGAAUCCGCAUGAAGCCACAGUGCAGAUGGUCUUGGGCACUCUGAUCCAGGAAAUGAAGAACAUCAUGCAGAGGGACCUGAACCGCAAAAUGGUGGAGAACGUUGCCUUUGCGACUUUUGACGAGUGGUGGGAGAGGAAAGAGACCAAGGCCAAGCCUUUCCAGACAAUGGUCAGAGGGGUGUCUGCCUUACGGGACGAAGAGAAAAAAGAGGAAAAGGUCAACCGUCCUCGGGAGCCUCUCACGUCUCUUGUGGAUUGGGCAAAGAGCGGUGGCGUGGAGGGAUUGUCUCUUCGAGGAGCACUACGACUGCCUUCCUUCAAGGUGAAGAGGAAAGAACCUCAGGAGCUUGAAGAGGGAGACAUGAAACGGCCGCGACCCUCAAUCCCACCAGACGAGGAUGACGAAGCUGCUGAGGGCAGAAUGCCAGAGGCCAACAGACAUGGAGCUGAAAGGGACAACAAGAGGAGGAAAAAGAAGCCAAGAAAUCGUAAACCUUGGGAGCUCGGCAGUGAGGGAGAGGAAACAUCUGAUGGCUCCUCAACUGAAAAGGAGGAUGAAGAAAGUGAAAAGGAGUCUGAUGAUGAUGCCCUUAGUGUUGAUAGUGAUGAUGAGAGCCUCUCUUCGUCCUCUGAGGGCUCUUCCUCCUCAGCCUCCUCAUCUUCGUCUUCCUCUGAAGAUGAGGAUGAAGAGGAAGGAGAGAGGGCUGGGAGUGAAGGGCUAGACACCAUGGAUGAGUCGACCGUGGACAGCACAACCGAGAAAGAUGCCAGGGAAAAUAAUGCAUCUGCUGUUUCAAAGGCAGAGGUCAAAACAGAUGAAGCCAAGGACAACAAGGCAGAUACAACAGCAGCACCGAACAAACGUCCUCCAUCGCCCCCAUACCCACGUCCUUCGUCCCCUAUUGUUCUGGUUCCCCCCCUUAAGAAACGCAGGAAGACUGUCUCAUUCUCCACAGGCGAGAUCGACAGCAAAACGCAGCUGCCGACUGCAUCGUUAUCUCCAUCUCCCUCUCCCUCUCAACUGGCGGGUGAAUCUCCCCUCCUCUCCCCAUGCAGGCCUCCAGAGUCCCCCGUUGCUUCUUCCCCAUCCCCCUCGGCUCGUCCCACUCAGGGCAUCCAACUGCUUCCCUUUGCCUCCAAACCAGGUGAAGGCAAUGCCCUCAUUGUGCCCCCAUCUGGACGAAUUCAAGAUUUGGAUGAGUCCAAAAGAGGACUUCCUGUUUCUCCUCAGAUCACCCCGGUCAAAUCUCCUGGAAAACGGGCUGCAGGCAAAGACUCUCCCAAAUCUCCCGUCCCUCCUGUCAUGGUGUGCCGCACUGUGCAGAACCUGCCGUUGGACCACGCUUCUAUGUGCAGGAUGGCCUUCGAGGAGGCCCCUCCUCCACCUCCCAUCAACAAACGGUCCAGAGGCAGGCCUCGGACGACCAGCUUGUCUGCGUCGUCCUGUCACUCCCUCAGAGAGGAAGACGAGGAUGAGGAAGAAAGAGAGCAGAGGUUGAGACUCAGAGAGCAGCUGGGGGCUACGAGCCUCCUGCAGCUAGCCUCGGCUACAACCGCUGACCUGUCUGUGUUGGCGGACGUAGCCCUGAAAAUGGACCCUGACGCUGGGGACUCGGAAGAGACGGAGACAUCGGAUGAGGCAGAGGAGCAGAAGAUGGAGGAAGAUCUCUUCUCUCCAGAGUCACUGGCCCUGGUUAUGAGCCAAGAGGGUGUUAUUGUCCGCAUGGAGCACAACUACUGCAAAACCCCUGUUAUCCCAGUACCAUCUGGUACCAAAAGGACUUCCUCCAAACAGGACUCUUCUGUCUUACUCCCAGCAGACCUCAACUCUAUUUCUGGAGUUCUUGAAGCGCCAGAGGAGGUCAUCGGUGAGGCGCUACCUUCCAGAGGAGAUACAGGAGAAUACUUAUCUGCAAUGGGGGUGCUUUGUGAGUCUGAGGAUGCGGGCCAGGCUGCAUCUCUACCUCCAUCGUCAAAGAAGAAGAUGGUUGUCGGCAAAGGUUUCGAACUUGAAAAGGACAACAGCAAAAAGAGGAGAAGAAAAGACAAGGAGAACCUCGAGGUUCAUCUCGCACAAAAACCGAAGGAGCAGCCCGGCAAGAAACAGAGGAAGCGGAAACUAGAGGACUCUGAGGAAGAUGUGGACGUGGAGGAGCUUGAGUCCGGGGAGCUGUCCAGCUCCGACACAGAGGACGAGAUGGCUGAUGACUUGAGGAAGAGUGAGCGCCUCUUUCUGCAGGAGGCGGGGGUGACAUCAUCCCAGCGCUGGCCAAAACCCAUCCCAGCCGCACCCGAGCUACCGGCCAAGAAGUUCGACAACCGCAGUGAGUUUGAGCAGAUGACCAUCCUGUAUGACAUCUGGAACUCCGGUCUGGACGGCGAAGACUUGAGUUUGCUGAGGAAGACUUACGAGAAGCUGCUCCAGGACAACCACAGCUCUGACUGGCUCAAUGAUACUCACUGGGUCAGCCACACUGUUACCAAUUUGCCAAACCCUCGGCGGAAGAAGAAGAAUGCAGGAGGACAGCUUCGUGAGCAUGUGACCGGUUGUGCCAGGAGUGAGGGCUACUAUGCCAUCAGCCGCAAGGAGAAGGACGUCUACCUGGACCUGGACCUGCCCGAGCAAGUCAUACGGGAGGUGGAGAAUGUCGACAGCUCGGGAGCCAACAGGGUCCUAUCGGAGAGACGGUCAGAGCAGCGCCGCCUCCUCACCGCCAUCGGCACCACGGCUGUUAUGGACUCCGACCUGCUCAAACUCAACCAGCUCAAGUACCGCAAAAAGAAGCUUCGCUUUGGCCGCAGCAGGAUCCACGAGUGGGGCCUGUUCGCCAUGGAGCCCAUUGCUGCUGAUGAGAUGGUCAUUGAGUACGUGGGUCAAAACAUCAGACAGAUGGUGGCCGACAAUCGAGAGAAGCGGUACGCGCAGCAGGGCAUCGGGAGCAGCUACUUGUUCCGAGUGGACCACGACACAAUUAUAGAUGCCACCAAGUGUGGCAACCUGGCCCGAUUCAUCAACCACUGCUGCACUCCGAGCUGCUACGCCAAGGUGAUCACCAUAGAGUCCCAGAAAAAGAUUGUGAUCUACUCGAAGCAGGCCAUCGCCGUCAAUGAAGAGAUCACCUACGACUACAAAUUCCCUCUGGAGGAUAACAAAAUUCCUUGCUUGUGUGGAACAGAGAACUGCCGUGGGACACUGAACUAGCGGACGCACUUCUCUUCCUAACUUGCUAACGGACAGCUGGACCCGGGCGUCCGCCCGGUUCACCCUCCUCAGAGCGUACCUCGAAACAAAGCCACCCUCUGAUUCCUCCUCCCCCUCACCUCCCCGUCCUCACAAUACCCAGGAAACAGAGACACGCACACACUCUUGCACUUUUCAUGCACACUUUUCAUUCACUUGGGCUUUUCACAAGUGUGUGAGAGGUGUGUUGAGGGGGGCCUCUGCUUCAGCAUUAGCUCUUCUGUGGCAGUAUUGACUCCAUCGGGCGAUCUGUUCCAACCAGGAGGCUCCGUGCAGCCAGGCAUGAAGGGUCUUUAUAUUCCCAUGCCAAUACCCGUUUGAAGGAAGACCCCAGAACAGAACACCAGUAUUGUACUCCUACGUCAGCUCACAUACUCUUACAGCCUCAUUCACUCUUCCAGUGUCAAAUCCCGCCCUGCACCCGCUCACCCAUCCAUCCGCCCACAGACGCACAGGAAUAUCUGACGAAUUCAGGGUUUUUAAAAGCGCUUUUCAAGGGCGCACUUUUAAGAUGACAACUUCAAUCAAUUUGGUCUUCGGUUAUGCAAGAUUUGAAAGUGUGACGGUAGUUUUGGAGCUUUUUAAAAAUUUCAUUUCAUAGUGUUAUAUAAUAUUACUAUUGCUGUUGUUAAUGGUAUUGUUAUUUAGUUGCAUUAGCUGUAAGUAUCUUACAGUGAAAUGAGCUUCAGUGUAUCCACCGCCCCGUAAAACUAUAAUUUCUCCGAUGUGCGUUACUCUCCUGAUCUGCCUCAACCGUCUGGAUGAGAGCAAAGUCCUUUGAACUGUUUUUAACCCACUGUGAAAAUAAGUCCGUUAGGUUGUAGCUAAAAGUGUGUUUUAUUUUUACAUGGUUGCUGAAUUUUUGUCUGCAGGAUCGGCACAACAGAGAAUUGGCCUGUGUUUUUUUUUUUUUUCCCCUCCAAGUUAAAGCUACGUUAACAAAAAGUCUUGUGCUGAGAACCCGUUAAGUGUUUGUCAGGAUCUCUCCGCCUGUUUGUGUUUUGUUUCACGGAAGUAGAUGUUGACGUUUCCUAUUUCAACAGUUGGCUUCAUCUUCCUCCAGCUUUUAAAAGCUUUUACCACCAAACUCUCGCAGGUCCUAGUAAAAAUGUGUGGUCAGUGUUUAACUUAGUCGAUCUGUGUGCGACACAUGUUUUUAAAAAGCACAUUUAUUUGAGUUGGUCAGGUCUUUUCAAAGGUUUAGUUUUGCAAUGUUUCUUUUUUACUCUGUUUUGUGGACCUUUUCAGAAUGCAUUAGUUUAUUUGAGUGUGUGGAGUCGUUGGCCCCAAACAAAACAUCCAUAACCCUAAAAAAUGGAUCGGCUAAAUGCAAACAAAAGUCCUGCUUGCGAGCUGUUUGCAGUGUCGAUGUGUGAAAGGUAUUCAGAGGUGUGCUGCAGACAGCAGGAUGUAAAUGGCCCUUGUGUUGUGUCUCUGUUUUUCAAAUGGCAAUGGCCGUCCAAAGUUUAACUUUCAUUUUGAACUUAAAACAAGAAGACUUUUUCUUUUGUUCUCCCCCAAACAGGAGCCUGUGUAAGAUAAUUCUUGUUGCAAUGAAAGCCUUUCAGUACAAACCAACCCUCUUUACUACAGGAUAAAAAGAUGAAAGGAAAAAAAAAUCAAAGAAGUACAUGUAAAUAUUGUAGAGGUGUUUUGUUUCUCGUAGAAACACACUGACUUCAAGCUGUAAAUAUGUUGUUCCUUUUCCUCUCUCAACGAGAAGGAAUCAUGUACAUAACUUCCAUUCAUUUAUUUUGUAUUGUUUUUCCUUUUAAUUUGAUUAUUUUAAUAUUAUUUGCAAUAUUUCUCUUGUAUUAAUGCGUUGGACCCUUUAUUAAUGGUGCAUUAAAAUAUUUUUUAAAAUAAA